ACUUUGAAUAUAAUUAUUUUGUUCAUAAUAUAGGUAGCGGUAUAAAUACAGAGGAAACGUGUUCCCAAAUAAGAUCCAAAGUUUUUGUUCAUUAAUCUAAAAAUGGGUACUCAUUUCUAGUGUUCUGAAAAUAUUGUCUAGGUUUGUCAUCAUUGCUUUGAAAUUAUAUAAUUGAUUAUUGAAGAAAGGGAAAAUAUAUUUGGUGAAUACUAUUCUCAAUAAUAUAACUUUAUUAUAUCAAAUUCAAAUUUAUGAAUUGAAUUGUAACUUUGGAAUUCACGUUGCUGUUUUGGAAUUUAAUAACUUUUUAACUUUUUUGGUCCUCUCAACGGUCCUUUGUCCAAGGAGUUGUCAUAAUAUUUUUGAUAAGUUUUUUCUAUUGAAAGAUUGUACAAAAAAAAUCUUGACAGAUGCAAGAAAUGGAUAUGAAACACCACGAAAACAAUUUAUUACGGCCAACUCGCACUGAGGGUGAGUCACCGUCCUUAUCAAAAAAUAAAUUCAAAGAAUCGUACAGCCUCGCACACCUGACUUCCGACAAAGAAUCAAGACGAGCAAUCGCCCCGUACCUAAGGACUUUCCGCAGAACUCAGAAGGAGUCCACUUUUGGCACCAGCUUGGAUUACGCCUAUGCUAAAGCGGUUGCUUUCUACAUAGAUGAAGAUAGUAAUUUAAUGAAAGCCUUGGAAAUAUUUACCGCUCAACAGAAUAUCAUAAUUCCAGGCUCUAUACAAGAAACUGCUGAAUUGUUAAGGGAAUUGACGCACUCGGCUGCUGUAAGCCUCUACACUGUCGAUAAUGUGAAUGGAGAACUAUACCUGCUGCCUCAGUAUAAUGAUAGUUAUAGGCAUAGAGUCAAUGAGAAAAUAGGUCUGAAUACAACAGUAGCAUGUCAUGUGGCUUUCACAAAGAAACAUGUAUGGAUUGGAGAUAUACUUGCCGAUUCUCGAUUUCCUAAUGGCAUCGGAUGGUCUGGUAUGGACAUUCCAGUGAAAGCUGUGAUUUGUGCUCCAAUUCUCACGACUGAGGAUGAAGUCAGUUACAUUAUUGAAUUGUAUCGAAAAGUGGAUGCACCAAACUACACAAAGAACGAUGCACAGUUGGUAGUUACAAUGACCGCAUGGAUGGGUGCCGCCAUUUUCCAAAACCAACUCAGGCUCCACAUUUUGAGGCAACAAAAACUCAACAGUCGACUUCUGGAAUUUAUCAACACAUAUUUUGGUGAUCCAUCUGGUAAUGAAGUCCGGAUCAUAUCUGAUAUGAUGUUAUACGCAAGACGAAUGCUUUUUGCCGAGGAAUCUUCAUUUUUCAUCAUGAAUCAGAGAUCAGCACAGACCUUCGAAGCAGACUGGUACAGCUCUGGUGUCAAUGACUGCAAUGAAAUGUUCAGAAGAAAGAGCAAAUGUCUCAAAUUGGAUGAGACAUCUGCAAUAGCAGCCUAUGUAGCAAAAGCAAAAGAGAUGGUGAAUAUAAAGGAUCUAAAAUCUGACGAGAGAUUCAAGGAUCUCAAUGCAUCCAAAAGUAGAGCGUCAAACGAAAUAAGAACGGCUCUUGCCGCGCCUCUUCUGAGUUAUGGAAAAGUGUCAGGUGUGAUAAUUAUAACAAACAAGAAAUUUCAUGGCCAUUUUGAUGAAACUGAUGAGAAUAUUUUCUACUACUUCGCAUCUUAUUCAUCGCUGGCUAUGCAUCAUUAUGGAGUAUACAAGGAGUUGGCAAAAAGUAAAUAUCAGAAUGAAGUGGAUAAGGAAAUUUUGAAAUAUCACUUGAGAGCAAAUGGCCAAGAAGAAGAAAAACUGGAAAAUUCAACUGCAUGCAUGCAAUUACCUGACAAUUUUUUCCACUUCCAAUGGUACCCAUUCAAUGAACACAUUGCGAAAAUGGACGAGUAUAUGCUAUGCCUUCUGCAAUCUGUCCUUGGUGAUAAAUAUAUGAGAGAAAACAAUUUUCCCAAGUUUAUAGCCAUGGCUAAAAAAUGCUACAGAAACAUUCACUACCAUAAUUUUCAACACGCUUUUGCUGUCACGCAUGGUAUGACCUAUAUACUGCACAAAAAUAGAGAGCUCUUCAAUGGUUUAGAGUUGAAAGCCCUGAUGGUUGCCUGUAUAAUCCACGACAUUGACCACCGUGCUCACACGAAUUCAUUCCUGUACAACACGAAUCACAGUUUGGCCAAACUCUAUCCAGCUUCUGCCCUUGAAAAUCACCACUUCUACCUGGGUAGUAUGUUGAUAAAGGAAUGCAAUUUGUUCACUUACCUCUCAAAAGAAAUCUACCAUCAAUUGAUGAAAGAAAUCGAAGUGGAUGUCCUUCAUACGGACUUGGCCACUCAUUUCCAGAGUCGCACCCGAUUGGCUGGUAUUAUACAGGAGCACAACUUCAAUUGGCAAAAUCAAAGUCAUAGAUUUCUGAUGAAAGGUAUAAUGAUGACAACCUGUGACUUGAUUGGGCAAACCAAGCCAUUACCAAUCGCUGAGAAGAUCGCUACAAGUCUCUACAGAGAAUUCUAUAGCCAGGGAGACGAAGAAAAAGACAUGGGUCUAACACCGCUCCCAGCAAUGGACCGAGAGAGAGCCUUCAUGAUUCCUGACGAUCAAGUUAAAUUCAUCUCAAUUGCGGUCAUACCUUGCAAUGAACUCCUGACAGCAAUUCUGCCGAAUACAGAGGACAUACUCAAUAGUUCAAUAGCUCUCAGAGAUAGCUGGCAAGAGUUAAUUGACAUGGGAAACAAGAACGUUUGGAGGCCAGAAGAUUCACUUGUAAAGAAAAAAUAUUACGAAUAAUAUGAAAAAUUCCUCCAAAUCAGAAUUUGAGAGAAAUAAAUUUGGUAAUUUGAUACGAAUAAAAUUCCCACCUUACUAAACAG